AUGGAUGGCAGUAACACUGAAUCAAAGUCUUAUUUAGAAUGUAGCAUAAUUGGAAAAGCUGAUAAUGAAAACUUAGAAGAGAUCGUUUCAUUAUUGAAAUCUAUUUGUCAAAAUUUAACUCCUAUAAAGUGGUGUGAUAGUCAAUGGUGCCCAACAUCUAUAAUUAACAGUUAUAAUACUGAGGAGAAAUUAAAUUUUACUAAAACCCAGAUUAAUGCACGUCCUGAAGCUGUUUUAAGACAAUAUUUAUAUCCUAGGGAAUUAAUAGAUAAGAUUGCGAUACGUUGCUAUGCUCCAAUAAUAGAGAGUGCUGAAAAGCAACCUAGUGACAAAACAUUGUGGAUAAGAAAAGUUAAUGGGAAUCAAAAUAUUAACAUGCAAAAUAUGAAGUUAAACAGAGUAAUAGAAUGUUUAGCGUCUCCCUCCUUUUUUGAGAUGCUUAGGUUUCUAAAUAUUGGAUCUUAUAAUAGUCAACCACCAACACUUUAUAACACUAAUUUUGUUAGCGGAUAUUUUGGGAUUAUGAAUACUCAUGAAAAUAAUGAAAUAAUUAUUUUUAUACAGAGCUACUUCACAGAUGGCAACUUUAAUAAUAAAACAUCCAACAAACUAAUAGUUGAGAUAAAAUCUAGGUGCUUAGAUAUAAAUGAGAUCAGCAAUAAUAAACAAACAAUUUUGAAUACUUGUAAACUAUUAGACAAGUUUGUGAUCUUCUGA